AUGGCGGACGUUGAGACCGAUCUCCGAGCGCGCUGGCGCGCGGCGACGAGCGCCGAGACGCCCUACGCGCGCGUCGUCUUCGACACCGCUCUCGCGCGCGCGGUGCGCGACCACGACAACUGGCGCGCGCUGUCCGAGGCUGCGGUGCGCGACGACGGCGACAUCGACGAAAGUUUUCGAGUCGCCUUCAAGCGCUACUUCGUCACCGAUUACGUCUUCGUGGAAGAUUUCAUCGACCUGCUCGCGCGCGCGCUCGCCUCGGCGCCGACGUUCGCGAUCAAGGCGCGACUCGGGACGUUUUUGAACCAACUGCUCGAGGGCGAGGCGACGCUGUUUCGCGAGUCGUUGCGCGCGCUGUGGAACAUCGACGCGGACGACGCGGCGUCCGUGCGAGCGAUCGGUGACGACGACGUCGCGACGGCGAUGUCGACGUUUCUGCGGCGCGUGGCCGAGGACGGCGAUUGGUUGUCGCGCGUCGCCGUCGUCGCCGUCGCGGAGGGACUGUACCUGAGCUGGGGACUGCGCGUCGUCGACGACGACGUGCGAAAAGUCGCGAGCGGGCUCGUCGACCGCGCGAGCGCGGAGCGCGCGUUAUACGCCAAGUGGGUGUGGCCGCUUCACUCGAGCGAAGAAUUUCAACGCGCGGUGUGCGCCUUCGUGGAGGCGUUUAACGACGCGUGGCGCGACGCCGACGACGACUCCAAAACGCGCUGCGAAGCCGUCGUGCGAGAGAUGCUAGAUUUAGAGCGCGCGUUCACCGAGUUGUUAUCGUCAUCGUAG